AUGGAUUCUACUACCUCUUCAGUGGUCAUGUUUCCUCUAGUUAAUGAGAAUUAUACUACCUCUUCAAUAGCUACAUCUUCUUUGUUUAAUAAGGAUUCUAAUAGUUCUUCAGCAGCUAUGUUUCCUUUAGUUAACAAGGAUUCUACUAGGUUUUUGACGGCUUUAUUUUUUCUUAUUAAUAAGGAUUCUACUACCUCUUCAGCAGCUAUGUCUUCUUUAGUUAACCUUAUUUCAGAUGAAAUUCAGAGUUUUAUUUUUAAUAUAAAUAGUACUUUAAAUAUUCUAAUUGAAAAUUUCGAUAACAAUUGGUAG